CGAGAAAGGCCAAAAUGGCGGCACUGGUAGAGGGGAGCCAAUAUGGUCUGUCUUCACAGGGGAAUUACUCGAAAAAUAAAACGCUUAUAUUUGUGAAACUCACAGAUUCGGCGCUGAGAUCCAUUGAGGAAUAUUUAAAGUACAAGGGCGGGUGCACGCAGAAGCCCUCGAUACAGUUUGAAGGGAACCAAGGGGUGAUAACGGUUCCUCGCCCAUCACAAGGGGGCCAGCAGCAGCGCUUUGGCUUUGGUGUUUCGACGCUAGAGAAGGAUGCACCACAAGGCAGCUUUGAGUGCGUCCAGCAGAUGGGCCAGAGGGCCCUCGAGUCCCUUGGUUGCCUGCUGCACAAAAUGCAGAUCCAUGCCAGUGAAGACAGCUAUGAGAAGACGCGCGUCAAAAUGGCUGUUGUGGAGCAAGAGAGCAAGAAGAACUGCACCAAGGUGAUUAAAGUGACAUCUCCGUAUGUAGGACGCAAAGUGAAAGUGAAGCGGCCACAGCUUUCAGUGCCGCCUCGCCAAUCCUCUUCAUCCCCUCCACGAAUAACAUUUGGGAAGCCCACAGGCCAAAACCACAACUCAGUGUCCACCAAUGAAAGCCGUUCAGGAAUCGUACGGCGGUCGUACAGGGAGAGGGUCAUUCAUCUGCUUGCCUUGCGGCCAUACAAGAAACCGGAGCUAUUAGCACGACUUAUGAAAGAGGGCAUUAAGGAGCAGGACCGCAAGGGGCUUUCAGCAGUGCUAAGCCAAGUUGCAGUGCUCAAGGACAAUUCGUACUGCUUAGCGAGGCAUGCUUGGAACCAAGUUUGUGACGACUGGCCCUACUACACGCCCGAGGAGCAGGAAUUGGUCAAGAGAAUGCGGCCACACAACCUGACCCCUCCGAGUGAAAAUGGUCAUCACUCUCCUCCAGCUCACAACCCUACGUCACGCACGUCGCCCAGUGUACAGAAACGGGAGCCAUGUCCAGAGCCCCCAUCGUCUGUCCCCGGCAGCAAGCGCCAGAGGAUCAGCCUCUGUACCAACGGUGCUGCGACUCGGCCACCACACUCGAGAGUUCUUGCAGAGUCCACAUCAGGCAAUCAGCCGUGUCGUGUACAGCCGCCCAAUCCUGAGCCUGUCACAAACGUGCCCUUCGCCUGCCAUUCCAGCCCUGGGUCAUCACCAGACUCUAGGGACUCAGGAGACUUGCAUGGCACUGGUGUUUCAUCAACUACCCCAUCUCCACGAAACUCCACAAACCAAGUUCUAGAGUAUGUCACCAAGUACACUGAAAUCAUAAGCAAGGAGCAGCGAGAUCGAUACAAGGCUGACUUCAAUGCCGAGUAUGAGGAGUACAAAGCCCUCCAUUCCACAAUAGAAUCUGUGUCGAAGAGAUUCUCCGACCUGGAAGACUGCCUACGCACUGCCCGAGAAGGAACGGAACAGUGGAAUCGUGUGAAGCAGCAAAUCGUGAAGGAAUACGAGGAAAGCAAGCGUGACCAACGGUAUCAGCAGGCUCGGCGAAAGUUUCAGUACCUGCACGACAAGCUCGCACACAUCAAACGCAUGGUGAUGGACUAUGACUCGCGCUCCCACAACCUCUUCAAGUCCUAACACAACUGCUUGCCACGUCCUUAGAUGCCUCCAUGUUCAGUUUAGAGUUUGAAGAAGUCCUCCCAUUCCUGCUCCCCAUUUUCCCCGCUGUUGUUCCCCUGUGAAGACAAAUUCAUUGUCACAGACACCAAGCCAUUCCCACAGCCAACCUGCAUUUCAUCAGUUGCCAAGUGGUGCAGCCCUUUGUCCCCCUUGCAUUUUUAGUUCUCCUUUUUUAUUUAUUGAAAACCUUGGCCAGUGCAAUUAGCCAAUGGGCAUCCACUUUGGCAUACCGGUGGCUAUGCUUGCUUUCUGGAGCCUUUGCUUUUACAGAUGAGUUGCAUACACAGUAAGCUGGUGGCUUCCGGGUGUGUCCUCGUGGGGCUUAGUUACGCUCUCUCUCUCCAAAGCUGUGAUCAGCUGGAUAUGUGAUGAAAUCGGCGUAGGUAUUUAGAUGCCAGUAAAGUUGGCAGAUGCAUGGUGCAAUUUCUAUGCAGCUCCCACUUGCUACCUGAAGAAAGCCAUCCUUCUUGCUUUUCAUGCAUGCUACAAGCUGCUGAAGCUUAUUGUUUGACCUGCUCAGUACAAGCGCACGGCUCCUGGUCUCUGAAUAGGAGGCCCCAUUUCCUUCCUUUCUCCAGGGAGUGGGGACACCAUGCUCAGCGACCAAGCAACAGAAGUGGCAACUAUUCUGCAGCCAAAACAGCAGUGUUGGAUCUUUUCCCUUCCCCACAUUGCUGGCUGCUUGUCUGCUGUGGGAAUGGAAACAUUAGUGUCAUGUUUUUUUUUUUUUUUCCCCAUGCCGCCAUUUGUGCUUUCUCCGGGUGUGUGCGAGGGGUGCUUGGCCUUACAUUCCAGCUUGGACGGUCACUCCUCUCCCCAUCCCACCAUAUCUUCUCCCUGUGGUCUCAUCCCCCUCCUCCACUCCUCCCAAAUUUCGUUCACCUAGGCUUUUAUUUUCUUCUCCAACCCUGUGUGCAUUUCCCCUGUACAGGACAUAUGUGGGCACCAUAGGUGGCCUGCCCUCCUUCACCCCAGCCCUCUUUGUUUUUGUAAACACAAGAGAUUAGCUUUCCGUCUCUCCAUUCCCGUUUUUCUCCUCCUCCCGAGACCUCAUUGGCUGACCUCUGAGAGAGCAAGAGGAAAGCGUGACGGCAUACACCAAGAUAGGCUAUUUAUGUUGACGACCGGAUGACGGAUCACUCCACUACGCAACGAAGACAGAUAUGCACUUGUGUUUUGUUUGCCGCCUUCCAGUUAUUUUUUAUUACCUCUUUGCCAACUGCUCCUUUUUUUUUUUCAUUUUUCCUUCUCUCUGGUGUGUUCCUGCUAUUAUGUGUAUGUAUGUAUGUACUUGCGCGACUCAAAUUGCGGUGGAUGGAUUUAAUCAGAUGGCAGCGCCGUUCUGUUCUAUCUAUUUUUUUUUUUGCCUUUUUUUGGGAAGGCGCCCUCUGGCAUUUGUGUUGCACCCACUCGAGAAAUGGGCCACAAAAGCGCACUUUUCGUCAGAAAUGUUGCUUUAAAGGGAAAAAAAAAAAAAUAGGCCCACACAAAGGAGGAUAUUCCAACGGGACUCACGUCAGGCCAGGUGCAGCGCUUUGGCUCACAUACCAGCCUCUCUGUUGUGUCGUCCGCUAUUUUUUUAUGUACUAUAUUUAAAAAAAGUGUACUCAGAUAAACAAGAAAAAAAAAGGUUUACAAAUGCAAAACUAAAAAAAAAAUAUUUUUGGGGAGGGGUUCGAUUUGCAUCCUCUAAGCAGCCUGUUUGCCGUGCAUUGUAGUUCUUUGUGUACAGCCAAGCAUUCUAAGAACACUAAAGAGAGUAUUAAAGAAAAAAUAUAUAUUGAAGUUGGAUACAAAAAUCCUCGAUGCGCAGCAUUGCAGAGCGAAUGAAGGCUUGCAGGGAGUCGCGUUUUGCUCAUGAGAGUAUUAGGCGUCUUAACAAUCGUCUUGCAGUAAAGUGAGACAUUCAGGGUGCGACUGCGCAUCACAAAUAAUCAGUAUAUGCAUCAUCGUAAGACGGAAGCUGAUUACUGUGCAGCAAUUUGCGCUGACAAACGUUCCUCUUUAUGUAAACGUCGGCGCGUACUUAACAUGCCCAGCCCACAAAUGCCUGGAAACUGGUCUGUUGAUUCCUGAGGGAUGGGCCCAAGCAUUGGCAAGCUUGCAGCACAUAUUUGCAGCCGUGUACAUGGCGGGUUGGGGCAGAUGCAUUUCAGACUGUGAUGGAUGCAUGCGUUUUACGAGUUGCUGCCAAACGUUUUACACAGUUGAAGUGCCAUUGAACGAGUCUUUUGAGCAAGAGUGCUUACACAUACGUACAUGAAACAUGUUACAUGCAAGUCGUGAUGUUUAAAUAACAGGCCCUUUGCAUGCAAACUGGUUGGUGGGUUACUGCAGCCCUGCUUUUUGAAUGUGUGGCAUUCAGAGAAAUAUAUCAAACUUCAGCAUUGACAUA